UAUUGUACUAUACUGACUCAUGUUUCUAUUGCAGAAGUAUAUUGUGAAACACUACCAGGUUAUACCUUCCCAGACACUAUCAUCACUACUGCAAGAAACAUCUGUGUCUUGAACAACUACUGAUAUUGCAGAAGUAUAUUGUGGAAGACUACCAGGUUGUAUCUAAACAGACAUUAUAACACUUGUGACUCUUAUGAAUUUUUAACUGGCCAGGUAUUACUACCUAAAAAAAAUUGUUUUCAUUUGAAAUAUAUCUAAAAAUUGCAUGGCAGUUCAUAGAAAAAUACAAGUUAUUAAUACUGUAGUUAGGAAUUUUUAGAAAAAAAAAAAUUGUUUAAACUUAAAAUAAAUAAUAAAACUGUUCUUCAGUAUUCUAAUACAUAUGUUAGUCUUUUAAGCACCAAAAAUUCAUGGCAGUCUUUUAAGACACUCAAAAUAAACAUUAUUAAUUUUCAUAAUUAGAAAUAAUUUUGCCUAAAAAAAUUGUAAACUGUUAGUAUAUUCAUGAGGAAAACUGUGUCUUCAGUGUCCAAAACAGUUUACCAAAAAAAGAAAUCUUCAAAUAUGCAUGAAAGCACAUAAGAGAAAUUAAUGAUACAGCUGUUGAAUGAUAAAAUAUUUUUAAAAUAUUUAAAAAAAUAUGAAAAAACAUAAAGAAAAUAAACCAUAUCAGUGUUCAGAGUGUGUGAAAUGUUUUAGUUUAAAAAGCAGUCUUGUAAAACAUAUGCGAUUACACACAGGAGAUAAAACAUUUCAGUGUUCAGAGUGUGUGAAAUGUUUUAGCCAAAAAGGUCAUCUUGUGACACACAUGCAAAUACAUACAGGAGAUAAACCAUAUCAGUGUUCAGAGUGUCUGAAAUGUUUUGGUGUAAAAAGCAGUCUUGUGAGACAUAUGCGAGUACAUACAGGAGAUAAACCAUUUCAAUGUUCAGAGUGUGUGAAAUGUUUUACUGAUAAAGGCAGUCUUGAGAAACAUACUAGAGUACAUACAGGAUAUAAACCAUAUAAAUGUUUGGAGUGCCUGAAAUGUUUUACUGAAGAACGCAGUCUUGUAAAACAUAUGCGAGUACAUACAGGAGAUAAACCAUUUCAGUGUUCAGAGUGUCUGAAAUGUUUCACUCAAAAAUGCAGUCUUGUGAAACAUACUAGAGUACAUACAGGAUAUAAACCAUAUCAGUGCUCAGAGUGUCUGAAAUGUUUUAGUGACAAAAGUUGUCUUGUGACACAUGUGCGAGUGCACACAGGAGAUAAACCAUUUCAGUGUUCAGAGUGCCUGAAAUGUUUUAGUCAAAAAGGCAGUCUUGUGGCACAUAUGCGAAUACAUACAGGAGACAAACCAUUUCAGUGUUCAGAGUGUUUGAAAUGUUUCAGUGUAAGUAGCUAUCUUGUGACACAUAUGCGAAUACACACAGGAUGUAAACCAUAUCAGUGUUCAGAGUGUCUGAAAUGUUUUAAUGUAAAAGGUUAUCUCUUGACACACAUGCAAAUACACACAGGAGAUAAACCAUUUCAUUGUUCAGAAUGCCUGAAAUGUUUUACUGAAAAAGGUAGUCUUGUGAAGCAUAUGCGAGUACAUACAGGAGAUAAACCAUUUCAGUGUUCAGAGUGUUUGAAAUGUUUUAGUCAAAAAGGCAGUCUUAUAGCACAUAAGCAAAUACAUACAGGGGAUAAACCAUUUCACUGUUCAGAGUGUCUGAAAUGUUUUAGCCGUAAAGGCAGUCUUGUGAGACACCUUUUAAUACACACAGGAGAUAAACCAUUUCAGUGUUCAGAGUGUCUCACAUGUUUUAGCCAUAAAGGCAGUCUUGUGAGACAUAUGCAACUACACACAGGAAAUAAACCAUUUAAGUGUUCACAGUGUCUGAAAUGUUUUAGUCUAAAAGGCAGUCUUGUGACACAUAUGCGAGUACAUUCAGGAGAUAAAACAUGUUAGUGUUUAAUGUAUCGGGAAUAUUUUAAUUAUAACACAAGAGAAUAUAUACAAGGGAUAUACAAUAGCUUUUGUU